AACAGCAUCUCUUUCAAAUCAGGCACUGAUUGGACACCACGCUAGCGAUGUAGUCGCGCCUCAAGCAGGUUACCAAACGCAGUGACAGAUGGGAGGCAAAAGACAGUAGUAGCCCGGGCGGUGAAACUGCAAUCUCAACAAACAUUGAAACAGCGUUCAGUUAUGUACAUGAAGACAUCAACGCAGUAGAUGACAAGGCCAGCGAAUAUCACCCUUCGUCGGUAGAUUAUUCAGCAAGAUCAUCAUCAGCACCACGGAAAGCAGUGCUCGCAAAAUGUGUUGUCAAUGAUGAGGGACAAGACAGCGGUGCUAGCCUGCUAGCUAGCAGACACGUCGUUGCCUCUCUUUAGCUGGCUUGUUGCGAGGGAAACUGUGACGCCUAUUAUUUACUUUUACCAAUUCUUAACAUUUAGGAUUCCCGUGACCGAGCCAGUUUAGUUAUAUAUUAAUCUAACGGGGUACGCCGUGAACUCUUCCGGCGAGUGGUUUUCUUUACUCGCCAAAGUGUCUCGCUAUUGACAUCAGCUAAAAGAAGACGAGACAGACCAUGGAGACGCCGGGUAGAAUAGCACAGACGCCCGAUGCGGUGGACUUCACAGUGGAGAACGUUGAAAAGGCGCUGCACCAGCUCUACUAUGACCCGAACAUCGAGAACAAGAACUUGGCCCAGAAGUGGCUGAUGCAGGCGCAGGUGUCGCCCCAGGCCUGGCAGUUCUGCUGGGCCCUGCUCAGCCCAGAUAAGGUGCCAGAGAUCCAGUACUUCGGGGCGUCUGCGUUGCACACUAAGAUAUCUCGCUACUGGGCGGACAUCCCAGCGGAGCAGUACGAGUCCCUGAAGACCCAGCUGUUUGCCCACAUUGCCCGCUUCGCCUCGGGGGCCAAGAUCGUGCUGACCCGCCUGUGCGUGGCGCUGGCCUCGCUCGCCCUCAACAUGAUGCCCGAGGUCUGGCCCGGGGCCGUGUCCGAGAUGAUGCGCGCCUUCCAGGAAGAAGGCUCUGGCUGUGACGGGCGUGCGCGGUGCCUGGCGCUGCUGGAGCUGCUGACGGUGCUCCCGGAGGAGUUCCAGACCAGCCGGCUGCCGCAGUACCGCAAGGGUCAGGUGCGGGGCGCUCUGGGCCGGGAGUGGGCCGCCGUCCAGCCGUUACUGCAGCAGCUGCUGCGGCAGGCCGACUCGCCGGGGCUGGUGCGGGCGCGCGUGCUCAAGUGCCUGUCCAGCUGGGUGCUGCUGGACGUGCCGCUGUGCGAGAGCGAGGCGCUGGUGGAGGACGCCUUCUCCGCGCUCGCCGACCCCGAGCUCUUCGACGCCGCCGCGGACGCCAUCGUCAACGCCGUCUCGCAGCCCGACUCACAGAGGUAUGUGAACACGCUGCUGAAGCUGGUUCCUCAGGUGCUACAGCUUCAGGACCAGCUGAGGGAGGCGGUGACCAGUGGAGACAUGGAGACCUCACACGGCAUCUGCCGCAUCGCCGUCGCACUGGGGGAGAACCACUCCAGAGCCCUGUUGGAGCAGGUGGAGCACUGGCAGGGUUUCCUGGCGCUGGUCAACAUGAUCAUGUUCUGCACCGGCAUCCCCGGCCACUACCCCGUCAACGAGACCACCAGCUCACUCACACUCACAUUCUGGUACACACUACAGGAUGACAUCAUGUCGUUUGAGGCGGAGAAGCAGGCGGUGUACCUGCAGGUGUACAGGCCGGUCUACUUCCAGCUGGUGGACGUGCUGCUCCACAAGGCCCAGUUCCCCUCCGAUGAGGAGUACGCAUCCUGGUCAUCAGACGAAAAGGAACAGUUCAGAAUCUACAGGGUGGAUAUCUCUGACACGCUGAUGUACGUGUAUGAGAUGCUGGGAGCUGAGUUGCUAAGUAACCUUUAUGACAAGCUGGGCCGACUGCUGACCAAUCCGGAGCAGCCCACUUCCUGGCAGCACACGGAGGCUCUCCUGUACGGCUUCCAGUCCAUCGCGGAGACAAUAGACGUCAACUACUCGGACGUCAUCCCCGGACUCAUCGGACUCAUCCCUCGCAUCAGCAUCAACAACGUACAGCUGGCCGACACAGUCAUGUUCACCAUCGGUGCGUUGGCUGAGUGGUUAGCGGACCACCCGGUGAUGUUAAGUAGUGUGCUGCCAUUGGUGCUGCAGGCGCUAGGCAACCCUGACCUGUCAGUCUCCAGCGUCUCCACCCUCAAGAAGAUCUGCAGAGAGUGCAAAUACGACCUGCCGCCCUACGCCACUAACAUAGUGGCCGUCUCACAGGAGGUACUUAUUAAACAGAUCCACAAGACGAGUCAGUGUAUGUGGUUGAUGCAGGCGCUGGGCUUCCUGUUGUCAGCGUUGCCUGUUGAGGAGAUCCUGAGCAACCUGCACGCCCUCAUCACCCCCUACAUACAGCAGCUGGAGAAGCUAGCGGACGAGACGCCGAACCCGUCCAAUAAGCUGGCCAUAAUCCACAUCCUGGGGCUGCUGUCAAAUCUCUUCACCACGCUGGACAUCAGCAAGCAGGACGACGAGUCAGGAGACAGCCAGCCGCCCGUCAAGUCCACCCCACCGCCCCCCGGACCCAACCCGGUUGUGGUGGUGCUCCAGCAGGUGUUUGCCCUCAUCCAGACCGUCCUCAGCAAGUGGCUCAACGACUCCCAAGUGGUGGAGGCGGUGUGUGCCAUCUUUGAGAAGUCGGUCAAGACUCUGCUGCAUGAUUUUGCCCCCAUGGUGGCGCAACUGAGCCAGAUGCUCGGACAGAUGUACAGCACUAUACCACAGGCGUCCGCACUGGACCUCACACGACAGAUGGUUCACAUAUUUGCCAGUGAGACGGACCACUUCCCCCCCAUCAAAGCGCUCUUCGAGAUGGUCACCUCCGUCACACUCACCAUCUUCCAGCAAGGGCCCAGGGAUCAUCCUGAUAUUGUUGAUUCAUUUAUGCAACUCCAAGCUCAGGCUCUGAAACGGAAGUCCGAUUUGUACUUGUCUGAGAACCUUGACGUGAAGGCAGUCUUCCACUGUGGAAUUCUAUCACUCAAAUUCCCUGAGGCUCCAACGGUCAAGUCCACUUGUCUGUUCUUUACGGAGCUGCUUCCGCACUGUGCGGACAUCCCUCCUGUGGCCCAGGUGGUGCAGCAGGACGGGAAGCUGCUGCUACAGGCCGUACUAGAGGCGAUCGGUGGCCAGUCGUCGCGUAGCCUGAUGGACGUGUUUGCGGAGGUGCUGUUCUCUCUGAAUAAGCACUGCUUUGGCCUGCUGACCGUCUGGCUCAAGGAGGCGCUGCAGUCGCCCGGCUUCCCCUCCUCACGCGUCUCCGCAGAGCAGAAGGACACCUUCAGCCAGCAGGUCCUCAGGGAGCGCGUGAACAAGAGGAGAGUGAAGGACAUUGUGAAGGAGUUCACGCUGGUGUGUCGAGGCCUCCACGGGACGGAGUACGCAGCCGACUACUGAAUCGCCCCGACCCGUCCUGACCCGACCCGACCCGACUGGCUCCAUCUCCAGCCCCAUCCUCCAGCACCCUUCAAGUAUCCACAUUUGGAUCGGGCCUCUACUCUCUGGCUCCGAUCCGAUUGGAUCGGACUGCCCACUACAGUCCACCACAGUCCCAGAGCAGCCGGUCCAGUCCAGUCCGGUCCGGGAGGCUAAAUCAAAACCUAAACCCAGACCCUACUCCCUGUGGGCCCUGCGCUCUCUGCUCUCUGCUCUCUGCGCUUGGUCCCCCGUGAACUUCACUGAAACAUUCUCACAUGUCAUCACAGCCGCUCCAGCUCCCCCACACACCAUCCACCUGCUCCAGCUCCUAUAUACACAUGACACCCCACACCUGUAACUCAAGACGAGGCAAAGACAUACAGUACGUAACACCCCCACCCUGCAUAACUCACGAUGAGGCAAAGACAUAACACCCCCACCCUGCGUAACUCACAACGAGGCAAAGACAGACAAAGACAUUAAGACUGCUCAGAACUGGAGAGGUUCUGCUCUUAAUAUGCAUUGCAUUUCUCUCUCUCUUUCCCUCUGUUUUGUUCCAUCUCUUUCCUCCUCCUAUUUUCUGUCUUUUCUUUUUUUCCCUCUUUCUCCUUUAUCUCCAUGCAUUCUGUCGCUCUUCCGCCUUUUAUUUCUUUUCUCGCGUUCAUUCUUCAAUCUCUACCUCUAUAUGUACUUUGCAUCUCCACUUCUCAGCUGAGGCUCUUUCUUUUAUUCUUUGUUUCUUUCUCUCUUCAUCUCUUCUCCACAGCAUGCACACUGUAAAAAGAAAUCAUCCUUUUCUUUCCUCUCGUCGUUUCGAUCUUCCGUGGCUCCUAGGCUGUUGUUUCCCGUGUGACUUUUUGCAUCCGUACGACCAGAAGACAAAAUAGUUGUUAGUUUGAGAAUCCUUGGUUUUUUAUAUAUAUAUAUAUGUAGAGAAAUGAAAGAGCUAUAUUAUGUAUGUAAACAUACGGCGACCUAUAUAUGAUCCAAAUCUAUAUAUUGUUAUGACUUAUGAAUAUUGCGUACGUACAGGGUUAGUGCUGCGGCCAGUGCUGCUAACAAACAGAGGGACCAAUGAAGACUUCGAGAUCUGCUGUGGCUUAACGCAUCAUGCAUAUCUUCUAUAUUCUCUAUAUACACAUUACGAAUAUCUAACGGUUCCAACGCUCACGCCCCCUCCCCUCCUCUCCCCUCUCCUCUUCUCUUCUCUCUUCCCUCUCUUCCUCCCUCGCUCUAAUGCCCUUUAUUCUUGCCAAAUGAUUGUUGUGAACUUUUGUCAUGUGCUCUAGGUUUUUUAAAUUCUGUUUUGGUUUUUGUUUUCGCUUUUGUUAUUUUUCUUUUUUUUAUAUUAUAACCUUUCGCAUAAUAUGGGCAGGCCGAGCGCUGGCCGGGCCAACGACACGACAGACAGACAGACAGACAGACAGACAGACAGACAGGAAAAGAAUGUUUUGGACUGCAGACGGUUGGUCAGGUCUCAUAUGAUGACAGUUCAUUCCUCCACAGACAAGUUGGGUCAUUUGUCUACAGAUGGUUGAUCAUCUACAGACAUUUCAGUUGUUUCCUGUAAAGACGUUUGGGUUGGUUUUUACCACGCAGAACUGCUAAUGUGGACGGACUACUGUAGAUGGGCCUCCAAAGCGAUGUACUGUAGAUAGCAAACGGACUACUGAGAGAGGAGAUGAGAGGACGAUCUCACAGGACGGAUUGGCAGUGUGGCCAACGAUGAGCUCCGAGCUCACUCAGUCACCCCCAAACCCCCCACCCCCCACCGCCCCCAACACCCCCCACGCCGACCGCCACUGGCGUGGUCACCAGCUUCCACACCAAUCGGACUGUGAUGGUCUCAAGAAUGGAGUCACAUAAUGGAGUUACACCGACGUCCCAACGUCCGCUUGGAGCUCCGGUAAACCCCAAUCCCCCACCGCAACCACCACCACAACCUUGCAGUGCUGUGGAGCCCUGUAGCCCUGAGAAUUCCCUUCAACCACAGCAGUACAUGCACAUUGCUACGACAGACGAUGUCGCAUGUGCGAAAGGUCAAGUGAGGUUUUUUCCCGUUGUCACGGGGGCGGGUGUGCUCUUGUUGUUUUGGGGGAACGACAUACAGACUUUUUCUUUCUUUCGUGGCAAAAAGAAAAAAACAGUUAACAAAAAUGCAAAUAACUAACUGCAACCCCAGUGGCAUCCCUUCUUGUAUCUCCGUGUUUACUGAGCCCUAACCUGCAGCCCCUCAGUUAAAACACGCACCCACACAAACACCACACACACACACACACACACACACACACACACACACACACACACACACACACACACACAACCACACGCCGCAUGCCCUGAGUGUUGUUCAUUGUUUCUGCCAGUCCGCGCGGAGUCGGUGCCUGCGAACAUGUAGCAUGUGUGUUGUUUUGGGGAGGUUAGCGGUUAGCUUUAGCAUCCUGGGGUGGUAUACAAGGACAGGACGGAACAAGACAGAAGUGUGUUAAAUGCUUCAGUGCGCAGAGUAGAGGUACCGGGUAAGUACUGGUCUAGAGCUGGGUAGAUGAUGCAGACUGUUCACGUCAUCGCCUCGGCUUCAAUCAGCAAUGUAUGGAACUACAGAGAAUGAGAGAAUUGGUGGGGUGUAAGGGAUUGAUAUGUACAUUCAUUUUUUUGUACCUUGUAAUUUAUUAAAUAUAUCUAAGACAAUUA